GGUGUAUUCAUCACUUCACUAUCUUUUUAUGACUUCCUUUCAACACUACUAAAAAAACCCCAAAGCAAUCAACCUUAAUAUAAAACCAUCUAUAUAUAUAGAUAUAGAUAUAUAUCAUGCGCGAUUAUUUCUUGUUUUUCACUUCACGUAAUAAAUCCGAUCAACAAAAAUCCUUAUUGACCGUCAACGAUAACAUCUGUUAUGAUCAGGCCACCACGGCCGCCGGCGACUACAACAAUCCGACGGCGGCGAUGGCUUUGAUACUAAAAUCAUGGCUCAACGGUAACCGAUUUCGUUAUUUAAUUCUUAUAUUAUGUUCACCGAUAAUCAUACCGAUUGUGUGCGCGAUUUUCCCCUUCAUUUGCGCCGCCGAAGUCUGUUUUCGAAUCUGCCGACGUCGGCGGUUGAAAUCGGAACCGGCGGCGGAGGUGGUGGCGGCGGCGCCGCCUCAGAGGCGGAAGGAGGAUGUGAAUAAUAAGGAAAUGAGUUUGUUAGAUAGGUAUUUGGAUGAUCAAUUGGAACUUGCGAUUGAGAUUUUAGAUGAAUGUGGUGGUGAAUUAGGGUUAGGUUUUGGUUGUGAUUUUCUUGAUGAUGAUUAUUUUGAUUGUAAUUAUCAGUUUAACAAUAAUAAUAACAAUAAGAGUAGUAGUAAUAGUUUGUGUUAAUUUUAA